CCCAUGUUUCCUCUUGGUUAGUUUAAAGUUACGUAUUUUUAGUAAGAAAAACUUCAAAAUCGUGUCCUUCCUAGUGCAUCCUGUUAGAAGCAGUGUGAUGCAGGGUUGCCACCAUACUGGGCUUGUUUAAAGUGGUGUUUGCCAGGUUUCUCGAUUGUAAAGUAUCUACUUUUACCUUUGUAAAUAAAUGUCCUGUAUUUGUUCGGGGGACACUUUGAGAUCAUGUGAUAUCAUUUCAACCAUGCUUUCUACCACUGGUUUUAGCAUCCAUAGGUGAGUCUUGUCUGAAAUGUGGUAUGUGCCCAAAGGUGAUUUUCUAUUUCCAUCAUUCCUUCCACAUUUAUUGGUUGGAAUUCUGUAAGGAAAAACUUUCCUUUCACUCUCCUUUAUCUAUAUUAUUCAGUUAUUUUUCUGUCUUAGUAUAUGCUCAUAGAUUCUUAUUCCAUGGGCUAUAAUCUAUUGCUGUCAUUUAUUGUGUUGCUCAAAAUGACCCAUAUUUGGUCCCAUAUUUGGCCCUUGGGAACCCCUUCAAGUUGUCAUGUCCCCAGCCUUUUUGAGCAUUUCCUUUCUUUCUGGCACCACAAGAUGUUCCAGACGCAUCUUGUGCUUUUUCUUGCCCAGCCCUGGAAUCGGCCACUCUCUAAGGAGCCCUGUUUCCCAUCAGUUGGGGAUGGUGUUUAGAAACCAAGAUCCUGCUGCUGGGUGUACUCGUUGCUGCUGGGGUGUCAUGCCUUCUCCCUGGACAGAGCCCGGACGUAGGUGUUUGUGUCCACCACGCACAUCUGUGUCUGUAUCCCUGUAUGUGUUAGAAUCCAUGAGUUUAUUCUGAUUCUUCCAAUUCCAGUGCCUCACAACAGGCUUCAUUCUACUUUCCCCUACCUUAUUUGCGAUUCAUUCUCUAUACCUGGCUCCCAUUGUCCUCAGUAUUUAUUUGUUUGCUCAACCGUAGGAUACACAUCAAGUAGUUUCAGAAUUGCCAGCCCAUAUGCCUGUGAAAAACAUACUAGUUGGAGUGUAAUAUUUGUGUGCAGUUAUUUUUGUUUUUAGCCUUAGCAUAUAUUGUCAAAACACUGUUUUCCAAAGUUACUUUAGGGUGUUUAUGUUAUUCAUUUGUAAUAAAGUCAGGCUCACUUGUUUCUGCUCGUAUUCCAUUUGGAGUCCUUAGGAAUUUUGUUUAUUUUUUAAUAUGUACAACAUUCAUAUGACUCUAAAAGUCAGCAGAAUCUAAACUCUUACCCUCAAGUCGAGUCAACUUCUCUUCCGUUUUAUUUCUCAUUUUAGUCCCUUCUCUGUUCUGUUUUUAGGCAAGUGUAUUUUUCACUUUUGAAUCUAAAUUAAGAAGCAUGGUCUGCCCUCCCAGUGUGAGUGCCCCUCACCCUGCUGCAGUUAACAUCGCCAUGCUGGGGUUAACCUCGUCUGCUCCACUCUCCUGAGUUUUGGGUUAUAAUGGUUGUGACUCCUCUUUGGCAGGCAGCGAAGGAAGGGAGUAAAGGCUCAGGUGACAGGCCCAUCGUUCCGUCACGCAGCAGUGUUGGGGUUCCGCAGGGCACCGGCUUGAGUCUUGUGUGCCGAGUGCAGAUUGGUUAAGCCACCCUGGACUUCAGUUCCCACAAAAACGUUUCCUAAGUCAAGCUCACUGAACAUAUUGGAGGAGCCCCGGAAGGACGGCUUUCCUUUCCCAGCUGGCGAGUGCUCCGCUGCAUGCGGGUGUGUACAGACUGCGGUUUGUCGUGGGAUGGCGGCCUCGGGGGUCGCCUCCCCCUCGGCUGUGGGUGGUGCCACCGGGAGCAUUCGUGCGCAAGGACACGUGCGCCUGUUUGCCCUGCACCACCCUCACUGCUUUCGUGGGAUUGCCGAGUCAUACGCUGCCGGGAUGCCGCCGCCGGAGCAGGCCCUGAGCGAGCUGCUGGCCCGCAAGGAGGAGGAGUGCAGGGCGCUGCAGGAGCACCGCUCCCGGCUGCAGGAGGCCGCGCUGCGGGCCGCGCAGGGCCGGCUGGAGGAGGCGCGCGCCAAGCUGGGGCGGCUGCAGGAGGACUUCCUCUACAACCUGCGGGUGCUGGAGGAGCGCGACCGCGAGCUGCAGCGCUACGACGCCGCCUUCGCCCGGGCCCGCGGGCUGGACGAGGCCCGGCAGGCCGAGGUGAGCGAGCUCAAGGUGGAGGCGGCCAAGCUGCGGCGCGCGCUGGCUGCGGAGGCCGCGCGGGCGGAGGAGCUGCGGCGGCGGCAGGGGCUCGGGGCGCAGGAGCAGCGCCUGCAGCUGGAGCGCGCGCUCAGCGCCAAGAACGUGGAGAUCGACCACCUUCGGGAGCAGAACGAAAACCUGAAGCGGAACCUGGAGAGAAGACUCCAGGAGCUCGAUGGGGAACGUGCUCUGCAGAGACAGGAGCUCCUGCUGGAGUUUGAGUCUGCAGUGCAGAAGAGGGAGCAUGAGUUCCGCCUGCAGGCAGAUCACCUGCGCAGCCAGGGCCUGGCGCAUGAGCUCAAGGCUCAGUUACUGAGUAAGGAGCUCGGGGCUCUGAAGGAAGCCGGCGCUACAGCAGCAGCGUCUCUGCAGCAGGCCGAGAGGGCGAACCUGGAGCUGGUGCAGAGGGCGCGGCGUGGGGACCGGGAGCUGCAGGGCCUCGCGGCCGUGAGCGCCGCCCGGAUAAAGGACUUAGAGGGCAAGCUUCACUCUGAGCAGCUGACCAGGAAGAAAGAAGAGGAAGCGUUUAAGAGGAAGCAUGAAGAGCUGGACCGUCUGGCCAAGGAAAGGGACACGCUGCUGGCCUCGGUGAAGAAGGUCCAUGGCGAGCAGCUGCGGUCGCUGGAGGCCAGGGUGCAGGAGCUGCAGGCCCACAGUGAGGCACUGGAGGCCCAGCUGCGCGGGGCCGAGCAGAGGCAGGCAGAUACCGUGCAGGAGAAGGCCGCCGCCAUGCAGAAGCACCGUGAGGACCUGGCGGCGCUCAGGUCUGGCUGGGACGCCCAGAUGGCUCAGCUGUCCAAGGAGGUGGUCUCCAGAGACCUUGAGAUCCACGCGCUGCAGGAGGAGGAGGGGAAGCUCAAGGCCCAGAUGGGCAGGCUCCAGCAGGACAUUGAAAGGUAUCAGCAGCAGCUGUCCCAGGCGGUCGAGAGGGAGCAGCGGCUGGGGCGUGAGAAGGUGCAGCUGGAGCUGGACUGGCAGCGCCGCUGGGACGACGCAGAAAGGAGCCAGUACCACAAGUCGGAGGCUCUGAUUCAGGGUCUGACCGUGGCCAAGGACCAGGUGGCUGCCCAGCUGGAGGAGACGGAGCGGAUGCUGCGGGACAGGGAGGCACUGCUGAAGGCCCUGACCCUCGAGAGAGACCAGGCCGUGCACUCGCUGAGGACGCGCGGGCUCCUGCCUGGAGAGGAGGCACAGACACUUCAAAGACAUCACGAAGAAGCAGUAAGUAAAGGGUUUCCAUCUAGUGAGAUCCAGCGGCUCCAAGAGCAGAACACAAGCUUGCGAAGUGCUGUUGCCCAGAUGAGGAAAGAGAUGGAAGCCCUUAGCGAUCCAGGUCUCCCUUCUGUCCGGCUGGGUGGGGAGACCCCCGAUGCCAGGCAGCCUGGUCUGAACGGUGCCGCGGACACGGGGACUCCCGAUUAUGUUUUGGCCCUUGAAGCAGAAAUACGAAAUCUGAAGCAUAAAUUUAAAACACUGGAAGGUCAAUUAGAAGAUGUAUUAGCUCCUCCGCAGAUGUCCUCGUCUCAAACUGCUCUCCACCCCAACGUGCCGGCCAGGGCUGAGCCCUUUGGGCCGGCUUCACGGGGUGAUGGAGCGGCCACCACACUUGCCAUCAGGAAGCUGGGUGACAGGGUGACCCUCCUGAACGUCCUGGUGACACAGCUCAGACAGAAGGUGCUGCAGGAGCCCCUGGACGUGGACGCAGUACGGCGCCAGCUUCCCCGGGCGGUGGAGCAGGUGCACCUGGAGGCUUCGGAGCUGCGGACGCAGGUGGCCGAGCUCGACAAGCACCUCCGGGCCGCGGGAGAGGAAGGCGAGGCGGCUUCACGCGGGCAGCAGCCACGCGCCCCGGAGGCCCUCGGGAGGGAGGGCCCCACGGAUGGAGAGCCCGUGGCUCGGGGGGAUGUCCCCGUCUCCCGCGGGCCCGGGACGCAGCACCCGCAGGGCCCACCCGCGCACCAGCUCCAGAGGAAACUGAGGGAGGCAGCCAGGACCAUCGUCAGCCUCCGCCAGGAGAAGGAGCAGCUCCUGGAGAUGGGGAACAGGCUCCGCGCGGAGCUGGGCCGCACCCAAGGCAUUGCGGGGAAACCGCCUGCGGCCCGGAGCCCAAGUGCGACACCCGGGGUGCCCUCUACUCAGCGCCAAUGCAGAAUCUCCACGGUGACGUGCAGAUUGACUCAUCAGAAAGAAAACAGAUCUCCAGAGUCACCUCGGGCUCAAGAGUGCCACGAGGGGAGGUCACCGUCAUGCGCCAGUAGCUCCCUCCAGGACACGUGGAAGUUGCUGGAAUUGGGGUCCAGUCCUUCCGGCCUCACCUCCCAGGACAACUCGGGGUCAGAGCUCCCGGCGUCAGCAGCAGCCCAUGGCCACCGAGACGCCCACCAGAGCUGCACCGGAACCCAGGGGGCCUUCGCCAUCGAGGGCGUGAAGGUGGGAGCCCCGGCAAGGGCAAGGCCCAGCAGGCCCUCCAGGGCUCUGCCCGCAAGACAGCAGAGCGCCCCGAGACCUCCCAGGGUCCGCAACUACAAUGUGAAAGCCUGACCCCUGACCCCUGACCCCGCAGGGACUCCCCUCCCCCCUCCCCUCCCCUUUCCCCCCCCUCCACUCUGUAGCAACCAGGACCCCGACAACACUGGUUUCCAGUUGGCACCUGCGGACUGCACUCUUAUAUCACUGGCGUGGGGGGGGGGCAUGGAGCCCACCAAAGGCUUGCUCACCCUCACUUGUGUGGCCCAUGGGGUUGCCGUUCAUCUGCCCACCUGGGAAAAUCUGCCCGAUGUCCACUGACCUUGGUGGGAUGCAGAAUGUUAGAUCCUGGGGGGAAUGCCGAACAGCCCCAGACCCAGGGGGGGCGGUGCAGAACAUCUACCGAGUGCCAGGUAGGGACCCUCCUGGGCCACAAGGCCUUGACACACCUGGCAGAGGAGCCCCAGAGGCCGGCCUCCCAGGGACACCCACGCACCCCGCCU